UGAGGAGAGCUCGACUCCUACUUUUUUGUUGGGACUGUGAGGAAAAUUAUCCUGUAGAGGGAGGACGGCGGUUUGAAAAAGGAAAAGCGGAGAAAUUGACAGAAUAAAGCUAAGUUAUAGAGUAUGGGACUAUACAAACUUCCACUUUAGCGGAGUACAAUGCAAGCGGACGUGCUCUCCCCGUGAAUUCCUUACCAGGAGGCUUUUUUUGUGUGGUCCUGUUGUCCUGCUCCUCACCCACCAUGCUGAGUUUCCUGCGCAGGACUUUAGGCCGGCGCUCCAUCCGCAAACACGCCGAGAAAACCCGUUUACGAGAAGCACAGCGGGCCACGACACACAUCCCUGCAGCCGGAGACGCAACGUCUAUCAUCACCUGCCGGGUCUCCUUACUGGACGGGACGGAUGUCAGCGUUGACCUGCCGAAAAAAGCCAAAGGUGAAGAACUGUUUGAGCAGAUCAUGUACCAUUUGGACAUUGUAGAGAAAGACUACUUUGGACUGCGCUUCAUGGAUUCUGCACAGGUUCCGCAUUGGCUCGAUGUCACGAAAAGUAUCAAAAAGCAAGUAAAAAUUGGUCCACCAUACUGCCUUCACCUGAGAGUCAAAUUCUACUCUUCGGAACCGAACAACCUACAUGAAGAACUCACCAGAUACCUUUUUGUGUUACAGUUGAAGCAAGACCUCCUCAGUGGCAAGCUUGAAUGUCCAUUUGACACAGCGGUGGAGUUGGCUGCCUUCUCUUUACAGGCUGAAUUAGGUGACUGUGACCCACUGGAACAUAAUCUAGACUUGGUGUCAGAAUUUCGCUUCAUUCCAGAGCAGACGGAGGAUAUGGAGCUUGCAAUCUACAAUACUUGGAAGGAGUGCAGAGGUCAGACACCAGCACUGGCUGAAAUUAACUACCUAAAUAAAGCAAAGUGGUUGGAAAUGUACGGAGUGGACAUGCAUAUGGUCAAGGCAAGAGAUGGUAAUGAGUACAGCCUGGGUUUAACUCCUACUGGAGUUCUGGUGUUUGAAGGUGAAACUAAGAUCGGACUCUUCUUCUGGCCCAAGAUAACUCGCCUGGAUUUCAAGAAGAGCAAACUGACCCUGGUAGUGGUGGAGGACGAUGACCAGGUGAACCGAAACUAUCACCCAGACGACAGAAAUGGUAAAGAGCAGGAGCACACCUUUGUCUUCAGGAUGGACCACCCCAAAGCCUGCAAGCAUCUGUGGAAGUGUGCAGUGGAGCACCAUGCGUUCUUCAGGCUCAGAGGGCCGGUACAGAAAAACUCUGCGCGCUCUGGAUUCAUACGGAUGGGGUCCCGCUUCAGAUACAGUGGAAAGACAGAGUAUCAGACCACGAAGGCCAGUAAAACAAGACGGUCAGCCUCGUUUGAGAGGAGACCCAGUCGACGAUACUCCAGAAGAACCAUGCAAAACAGAGGAUAUUUCAACCCCCAGGAUGUUCUUUCUUCAGGUAAUGGUGUGAGCUCCAACAAAGACAAGGUUUCUCCAAGCAGAGGCGCCUGGUCCGGGAUGCCUGUGGUGAGCCCGGUAGCAGCGUCAACCUGUGGGCCAAUAGAAAUCGAAGCUUUACCCAGAAGUCCCGGCGGAGAAAAACGAGGCUUGCCUGUAGUUGCUGACCUGAUGGAGACGUGCAUUGACGACGUCCUCAGGGCUUCCGUAGUUCCUCCCAUCACAGCCGCAGAAGAGGUUGGACCCUGUGCUGCUUACGCCGCUGCCAGCGUACCUGCAGAAGAUCCACUCAGUCUUGCUGAAGCAGCAGCUCGUUUGAAGCAGCUGGAGUUGGAGAGCAGCCCACUUCCUGCUACCCCAAGAAAUAAUGUCAACAUUAAUGUGGCCAUGAACAACCAGGACGACRUGGUGAAGCUCACAGAGAAAUGCGUUCUGAACAGUGCAGGAAGUAGUCCGGCUGCCACUCCGCUGCGAACCCCWGAGGAUCUCAAGAGCAACAUCCUGAAAGCUCAAGCUCAAGCUGAAGCUGCUGCUCUGAAGGGGCAUCAGGAGGAACUUCUCAUGAUGACUGGUGACAAGAACUGUAACUUGCAGGAAGCCUCUGCAAGGUUGAAGGUUCGCGCGGGCCGAAUGGGCAGUAAUUCGUCUCUUUCUGUUAGCAGCCGACCAGACCCCCAAGACUCCUGGGACCUGCUGAAGCCGGCCUCACUAGUCUCCUCUGCAGCUGCCAGUACAGAGAGGUUGGCAGAGGACUCGAACCCUUCUGUUCCCAAGAUUCCCGCCGUCAGUGAAGGCUUGGCACCAAAGGUUAAAGCAGAGGAAUUUGAUAUUCAGAACGUUGGUGUUCUCUCUGAAAACCUGAUCGACUUCACUGAUCCAACUCCUCUACUGCCACCACUGCAGCAUCCCAAACCUCUCAUCACACCUCGCUGGAUCAUUCCUGCAUCAGCCCAGCCUGCUGGCCUCUUUACAAACGGGCUGAUUGACAUGGAGCCGUCGUCUAAGGUGGCUCCUCUCCUCCCCCCUGCUGAUGGGGGAGCAGUUCUCCCAUCAGCCCCUGCUCACCCACGUAACGCUCUCUCUUCAAGCGCCGACGUUCAGCCGCCCGUCAUGGAGGACGGAGCCAAACCCAGAGGCCUCCUGACCACCGAACUCUGAUGAAGUCACUCCUCUUCCAGACUGUUUCCCUACAAACUGUGGCAGCUUCACGUUUCACAUGAACUUACAAUCACUUGCACCAUAGGAUGAAUUCAUAAAUUUUUUUUUUUUUUUGCAAACAUGCAGCAUUAUCAUCUCAACCGCAUGUGGUUGUUUUUGUUUUUUUAGGAGGGGGGUUGAUCUGCCUGCCACUUAACUGAAUCCAUCCAAGCUSAUCAGAUCUCCUCUAGUGACGUCAGUAUCUUCAAGUUGUGUUUGUGAGGGUGGAGCUAAAACCUGAAAACAAGAAAGACACAAAGUGUUAGAUACUUAAAGUUUUCAUUGUAGGCGUGGCGUUUGGGACCGCUGGAUCUCUGAGCUGCUCCAGGACGCCGACCUGAACCUCGAAAGUCCACUUUUGAGUUUCUCUAGCACUGGAUACGAAAGCUUCACUGGAUUUUCUUUGCAACACUGGACUUUUCAAAGAAAGUUGGUUUUAUAAAUAUGUUUUUCUGUGUUUUUGUUUUGUUUUAAAAUGCCCAUUCCAGGAUGUUUCAGUGGCGUAGAAAAUGGCUCUGCAUAAAUUUUUUAUUUUUUUUGAUCCAGUUUAGUAAGCUUCCUCAUAACCACUAAUAUUAAGUUUUAUUUUAUUGUUUUUAAUUAAAGUUUCUUCCCCUUCUUUUUGA